AUGACUAUCACACCAGGAACAUUCUCUGCACCGGCAGAGGUGCAAACCUUUGACGGGAUCCUUUCCGACUUCGAUGGGACGAUUGUGGACUCUACAGAAGCGAUUGUCAAGCACUGGCACCUAAUCGGCGCCGAGUUGGGCGUUGACCCCGAAGUAAUCCUGGCCACUUCGCAUGGCCGCAGAAGCAUCGACACCAUGGCAUUAUACGACAAGAGCAAGGCCAACUGGGAGUACGUCAAUUUCAUCGAGGGCCGCAUCCCGAAAGAAUUCGGUUCCGACGCCAAAGAGAUCCCCGGCGGUCGUGACAUGCUCGCCGCCCUCCAAUCCUCCGGCGCAAAAUGGGGCGUCGUGACCUCUGGAACCUUCGCUCUGGUGGACGGCUGGCUCGGUGUUCUCGGUCUUCCGCACCCAGAGAUGCUAGUCGUAGCCGAAGACGUGAAUCAAGGCAAGCCCGACCCAGCCUGUUACCUUCUUGGCCGUAAGAAGUUGGGCAUUGAGUCGUCGUCGAUUCUUGUGCUUGAGGAUGCGCCCUCUGGGAUCAAGGCAGGCAAGGCGGCUGGGUUCAAGGUGCUUGCGCUUGCGACGACACACAAGCUGGAGCAGUUGAAGGAGGCUGGUGCUGACUGGAUUGUUGAGGACUUGCGCAGUGUCUCGGUGAAGGGCGUCGUGGAUGGCCGGGUCCAGAUCGAAAUCCGGAAUGCCUUGCAAUAG